UUUGCGUAACUUGGUUGAUAAUAAUUAUAAUUCAACACAAUCAUCGUCCUCAAGUUACCACAAAUCGGUACUACCAACAUGGCGCCGGUUUUGUACAUGCAAGAUUUUAGCCCUCCGGUGCGGUCCGUGCUUUUGACAGCCGAAGCCUUGGGGUUAAAACUGGAAAAAAAGGUGGUAGAUCUGAGCAAAAAGGAACAUUUGACCGACACUUUCUUAAAGCUCAAUCCUCAACACACUAUACCCACUUUGGACGACAAUGGGACAAUAAUAUGGGACAGCCAUGCCAUUAAUGAAUACUUGGUAGAAAAAUACGGAAAGGACGAUUCGUUGUACCCUAAAGAUUUAGCUAAAAGGGCUGUUGUCAACCAAAGGUUGCAUUUUGACAGUGGGGUCAUCUUCAGCUGGCUUAGAUAUAUUGCAAGAUCAUAUAAGUACAAAGGGCGUAAGGAACUAACUGAAGAUCAGAUUGAGCACCUGGAAGAAAGUUAUUCUCUUUUGGAGUCAUUUUUGAAAGGGCACCAGUGGGUGGCUGGAGAUUCCGUGACCAUAGCUGACUUCAGUCUUGUUACUAACAUAACCUCGCUAACACUUUUGUAUCCAGUGGAUCCUAAAAAGUAUCCUAACAUUAUCAACUGGAUCAAGAGGGCGGAAGGGCUUCCGUACUAUAAAGUGCAUUUGGAGGGUCUUCAGAGCUUCAAGAAGAUGUUCCAAGAGAUGUUAAAGUGAAUGCAGGUUUUAAAUUAUGUAACCAUUGCAUAAAUAUAAAACUUUGAAAAAAUU